AUGAUUAUUCGAUCAAUAUCAAUACGUCAACUAGCUCUUAGUAUUUUUUUCUGUUUACUUAUAUUUAUUUUAAUUGUUUUACUAUCAAUUGAAUCUUCUCAAUAUUUAAAAUGUUCAUCAUAUCAUUUUUUAAAUAUUUCAUCUACAACAAAAACAUUUUAUAAAAUAUUAAAUAAUACAGAAGAUGAAAAAGUAUCAGUUGAUUAUUAUUCUGUUUGGUGUCUUGAUCUUGCAUAUCGUUAUGAUAGUGAACAAUAUUUACCUCAAUCACCUUAUUUAAAAUCUCCAUCAAUUAAUUCAACAAGACUUUAUCGUUUACCUUAUCAAUAUUCACAAUGGAAAUCAUCAAAUAUACUUUAUCGACGUUUAACACCAUGUGAACAUACAUUAGUUAUGCGUUUAUUAAUGAUUAUUGAACGAAUAUGUCGAAAACAUAAAAUAACAUUUAUGUUAAUUUAUGGUUCAUUAUUAGGUUCAUAUAGACAUCAUGAUAUAAUACCAUGGGAUGAUGAUAUUGAUUUAAUUAUACCUAUUGAAGAACAUAUUCGUUUUAUUAAUAUAAUUAAUACAAUAAAUGAAACAUUAGUAAAACAUUAUGUUUUAUCAAAUAAAAAAAAACAACCGAAAUAUUAUAAAGUUUUUUUCAAAAGUACUCCAUCAGCUGGAGAUUAUUCAUGGAAUUUUCCAUUUAUUGAUGUUUUUUUCUAUGAAAAAAAUGAAACACAUUUAUGGGAAAUAUCUGAUCCUGAUAAUAUUAUUAAAUUAGAAUAUAUUUUUCCAUUAGUUAUGAGACCAUUUGGAGAAUUAUGGUUACCUGCCCCAAGAUAUCCUGAAAAAUUAUUUGAUUUUAAUCCAUAUGAUGAUUGUAUUGGACAUUUUUGGGAUCAUAGAAAUGAAACAGGACAAGAAGUUAUUUCAACUAAAUGUGAUGAUCUUAAACAUAUUUAUCCAUUUGUUGAACGACAUAAUCAAUCUAAUUCAAUUGAAAUUUUAAGAACAAAUAAUACUAUUAUUCAUACUGUUUUUUACAACUAA